UCUGGCGGCGAGGCAGGUGGGACGCAGGACCCUCCCGUGCCAUGCGCCUCCUGGCCCAGGAAAAUGAACAUAUAGCAGCCUGAAGAACUGUAGAGUGUUCAGACCAAUGACAUUUAAGGGUAAUUACAUCGUACAGAACUGUGUCGUUGUAACCAAUGUGAGCUUUAUGUAUUUGCUGACAACAACCGUCUCGUCGAAGCUGUCAUCACCUGCAGCUGUAGUACCUGCAGUUACAAGCCAUCUUCACUCAAACUUGUGCUAGAAAAGCACUGGUGUUUACCUCCUUCGGGCAAGCCUACAGGACGUACCACUACCAUGGACAACGUCACAGUCAAUUCGUACGUUGAAAAUGAGACGAAAAGCACCCUGUUGGACACAGCCACAAGCGACCUGGAUGUGCAGGUGUCCGGGAUAGUGUUGGGCCCCCUUGGUGGCCCGCUCGGUGGCCCCCACGACACAGAGCCCUCGUCUAUAUACCGGCGGGCGCCCAUAGCAUCGUUGGAGUGCAUGGAGGAUCUAGCAGGCUGUGGUGGCGACCAUGUUUCCACUCGCAGCGACUCUCAGGCCAUUGUCUCCAGGCAGUCGUCCCUCGCCACCAGUCUCCGCUACAAGCCCCUGGGGAAGUCUGGCCUCCGCGUCUCCCAGCUGGGCCUGGGUACCUGGGUGACGUUCAGCCCCCAGGUGACGGAGGAGACAGCUGAGGAGAUCAUCACAGUGGCCUACGAUGCCGGGAUCAACCUGUUCGACCUCAGUGAGGCCUACAGUGGAGGUAGAGCCGAGGUACAGCUUGGAAACAUCCUCAAGAAGAAGGGCUGGAGGAGGACGUCCUACCACGUCAUCACCAAGGUCUACUGGAACUCGAAGAAAGAGCGUACAAGACGAGGCUCUGAGACCAGCAGACGAAGCGAGACUGCCAACGGUUCGAGAGGGGACGAGAGAGGCCUGUCGAGGAAACACAUCGUUGAGUCUGUCAAAACUUCCUUAGAGCGCCUUCAGCUGGACUACAUCGAUGUUAUCAUCAUUCAUCGUGCUGACGAUAUGUGUCCCAUGGAAGAGGUGGUGCGAGCAACAUCCCACUGCAUCGACCAGGGCUGGUGCAUGUACUGGGGAACAUCCCGCUGGUCAGCCGUGGAGAUCAUGGAGGCCUGGACCAACUGCAGACAGUUCAACUGCAUCACACCCAUUGCAGAGCAGAGUGAAUAUCAUCUGUUCUGCCGGGGCAAGACCGAGCUCUACCUCCCGGAGAUGUACAACAAGAUUGGAGUGGGAACGAUGGCCUGGUCCCCGCUCGCCAUAGGUCUCAUCUCCAGCAAGAUGGACGACGGGAUGCCCGUCUUCACCAGGCAGUCGUUUAAGAAAAAGUACACCUCCUCCAUAAGUUGGAAUGAAGAUGAGACCCAGGCAGCAGGCAACGUUAAGGACCAGGGGUACACCUGGCUUAAGGAUAAAGCCGGCUCAGAUGAUGGAAGGAAGCAGCAAGCGCGGCUUAGGGAUCUGGCCCAGCUGGCUGAGAGACUGGGCUGUACACUAACCCAGCUCUCAGUGGCUUGGAGCCUCAAGAACGACAACUUACACUGCGUUCUUAUAGGCGCCGCCACUGUCGACCAGCUCCUGGAGAACAUCAACUCCCUGCAGGUAGUGCCCAAGCUGAAGCCAGAGCAUCUAGCGGAACUGGAACGAAUCCUGGAUAACAAGCCAGUGCGCCCGCCCAUGGUGUCAACCCUGGCGCAAAGAUGACAGGAGUUGGCAGCCCAGGGGCUUGAGGAAGAGAGUGAGGAGGUAGUGUGAAUCAGCACCUAAAACUCCUUUCUGCGUGAUUAUGUAAGAUAACUGCGCCCCUGGUCUGAAAACCUAUACUGAACAUCUGUGCUGAACACCUGUCCUGAACACCUGUGAUCUUCUCAAGAUGCAACCACCUGCCACUCCAGCCAUCCUCAUCUCUAGAAAAUAAUGAAUCUUCAAAUGAGUUCUCCUUCCUUUAAUAGUUAAAUGUAUAUCCUGAAUAAUGGGAGUGACUCAGGCGUUUGUGACUCACUGUUAACAAAACAAAUUAAUUAUCAAUUAUCAUUGCGUACUUGUCAAUUAUCAAAACAAAGGACGUUUAAUUAAUUUGCUAGAAAAACGUGCACUGACUUUCAUCAAAUAUUUAACUAAAAAAGCUCAAAUUUUGUAUCGUUGAAUCUUAAUUCAGUAUUCUUCAGAUGCUUAGGAAAAUAUUCAGAAUUUGAAUAUAAGUGUAAAUGAAAAAUAUGUCAGCAAAGAUAAGCAAUGUGGAACUCAUUAAUUCAAUAUAAAAAAGUGCUGUUUAUGUAACUCUAGGUUAGAGGGAGAUGAAGUAGCAGAUAUAUUAAAGGUAGCAAUCAUUGCUGGAAUUCUAUGCAGGCCUAUUUAAAAAAUUAAGAAUAGCAGAUAAAGUGUAGACGCUAAGAAUAACACCAUUUAAAAUGGUCGCAAAAGCCUUUUCUCUUUACAAUGUGAUAUGGGAACAUAUGUUAUCCGAAACGGGCAUGGCAUUAUGGAGUCAAAGGCUUAUUAUUCAGAAAGUUUAAGACUUAUUAAUUGGAAAGUUUAACAAUGCCUUCAUGAGUUCCUAGUCAUUGACAUUUACAGCCUAUCUAACUCUCAUACAUGACAGUUUCCUUUAGCAUUUUUUUAACAGCAAACUUUUUCACUGUCACAGAUUAUGACUUUUUCUGAUCAGGCAGAAUGAUCAAUGCCAAGACUUUCAUAUGGCAUGUACAAUGGGAUGGAAGAUAAAGUGCCUCCGUUUUGGAUAAUUUCCAAAUGUUCCCGUAACUGCCUUGGACAUAGUGUUGUGUUUUGCAACGCUUCGAUAUAAUGCUGUUUGAUAGAGAUUUUUAUUAUCAAACCAUAAAUUAUAUAUAUAUAUAUAUAUAUAUAUAUAUAUAUAUAUAUAUAUAUAUAUAUAUAUAUAUAUAUAUAUAUAUAUAUAUAUAUAUAUAUAUAUAUAUAUAUACUCUGUAUCAGAAAGUAUGUUUACAUACUAUAUUUCAAAUUAUCGAAUCUACAUUUAAUUUCAAUCAUAAGCAAAUGGCUGUCUUUCAUUGUGGCAUGCAACACGCUCUCUCGUUAAUAGUUAGGAUAGUCUUACUAUCACUAAUUCCUAAUAUAUUUAAUUGCAUGAUUUACUGAAUUAACAAGAUUUUAAAAUUUUAAUGUUAAUUAAGACUUGUUAAUUACAUUUUGCUAUAAUUAAGCCCCCUGAGUCUCAACAUUCGCUGGGAGCAAGUGGAUUUGUUCUUGUAGUCGAUAAACAGAGUUUAAGCUUAGGCCUCAUGCAAAAGUAGGCCUAUUGCAAUUCCUUUCCAAAUUGUGCAUCGAAUCCAAUUUUCACCAGCUUGUUAUUGUUAACAAUUAUAUUUUGUAUCGUUUAUAUUACCCUAAAGUUCGCGAGGCUGUAUAGCCAUCAGCGUUGCUAUUGAUAUCUUUUUUAUUUUGCUGCUUUGAAAACCCAUCUUGCACUAAUAAUGGCUGCAUCUAGGUGUUCAGUUCUUAUGAUAAGUUCGCAGUUGCCGCAUAUAAUCACUCAAACGAGAAUAAAACUUGCAGUGUUGUUUAGUUAGCAUGACCUCGGAGUGCUCUCGUUACUUACAAUCGAAGUCGCGAUGAGCUGUCACGUUCCGUCAUACUUAAAAUUCUUCUAUUGUACAAUGGCAUAUGCACUAUUGGAUUUCAAGAGCUGAAUACACUAUCACUUGCACUUUUAAUUGAAAACAUCAUUUGUCACUGACAUCCAAGGUCCAAAUUCAAUUUCACAAAGUUACUUAAACAGGUAGAAACUAUCUAGAUUAAAGGCAGACUAAUAUUACUCAUUGAUGUCAGCACUUAACGGUUGCAUUGAUGUCAACAUAUAACUUUUUCUACUGAUGUCACUGUAUAACUUUCACCACUGCAAGCUGUUUUGUUACUCGCCUUCCACAAAUUACCCCACCAGAAAAUAAUAUAUAAUUAAAAAAAAAAUACAAGAUGGUUAUCGCUAUAGCCAGAGUGUGCUCUACUCUGUACAAACCUUGGAGUUUUGGUGUGUUGACGCAGUAACGACCAAUUACGUUCACCUGUUGUUGAGACCGUUUAAGUGUGUGUGCGUGUAUGAAAAGAUUCGCGAGUUACCCCUUCCUUAAUUAAAGAAUAAUUGUUUGACACCUUCUUCUGGUGAUCAUUGCAAAUCCUUCUUUAUAAGCAUGAGAGUUUUCAAGUUUGUGAUAUAAAUACAAUUUAUAUAUUACUGUUGGUAUGCACUUGUUCUUAUAGAACAAUAAAGUGAGCUGCUUAUUUUUUUUAUAUAUAAAUAUAAUGACACUGUUAGUAAAUUCUUAGAGGUUUAUUAUUAAUGGAUUCAAACAGCCGUAAAUUUAAUCCUUCCUGAGGACUAUGGAGCGUUUUGUAGGAGUUCCAUGCAACAAGGAUUUAAGUUGCUUUAAUGCAUAUUGAUUUUCUUGAAGUUUAUAUUGUUAAUAAUUACAUAAUUCACACAUCACUUGUACCACAAUGUAGGUAUAGUAGCUUGCAUAUCCAUUUUAUAAGAUGGUCUUUGGUACCAGAUAAUGUUGUUGGCACAUUAUAUAUGGUGCUGCAUUGUAAGUACAUUAUAUAUAUUGUUGCAUCGUAUAAGGUGUUGCAUUGUUGGUACAACAUAUAUGGUAAUGUAUUGUUGGCACAUCAUAUAUGGUGUUGCAUUGUUAGUACAUUAUAUAUGGUGUUACAUUGUUGGUGCACCAUAUGUGGCGAUGCAUUGUUAGUGCAGCAUAUACGGUGUUGGAGUUAGUGUGCAGAGACCUUGUAUGCCCGUCUGGUAGCAUCUUGGGAUCUCCAAUGCACCGUCACUAGUUGUAGCCACAGAAAAGGAUACAUGACUCCCUCCUUGUGGUACUCUAUGAGUCCUGCGUGACAGCAUGUAUCACCAGAGUCUAGGAUACAUGACUCCCUCCUUGUGGUACUCUAUGAGUCCUGCGUGACAGCAUGUAUCACCAGAGUCUAGGAUACAUGACUCCCUCCUUGUGGUACUCUAUGAGUCCUGCGUGACGGAAUGUAUCACCAGAGUCUAGGAUACAUGACUCCCUCCUUGUGGUACUCUAUGAGUCCUGCGUGACGGCAUGUAUCACCAGAGUCUAGGAUACAUGACUCCCUCCUUGUGGUACUCUAUGAGCCCUUAGUGACGGAAUGUAUCACCAGAGUCUAUGAUUUAGAAAACAAGCUGUUUAUAGAGGACAGCCUGUUUUAGUUUUGUUUGUAGAAAACUGUUUAUAGAAGUUCAGUCUGUUUAUAAACAGGAGAAGACACAUGUCCGCUCUUUGCCUAAUGAUUCACCAGUUUUAAGGGUGCAAAUGCUUCUUGUCGCCAGAAUAUGAAUUUGUAAAUUAUCAAGAAGAGUGUUUAACCCUUGACAUGUCAUCUUAAUUGCAGUUCGUUUAUGAAUUAUGGCCUUAUGUGUGUUGACGAUUAAGAAACGUUUAAAGGGAUCGAACCCCCUUGUAAGGACAAUAGACACUCCCGUUAGAGUCAAAAUAUCCAAGCCUUCACUGAAAAGUAGUUCAGAGUAGUUUUAAAUGACAAAAAUUACUUACGCAGGAAGCAUAAGUAAUUAUCUCCCUGCAUAAUAAUAAACAAGGGGCAAAAGAUGCUUAACCCCCUGUUCUGCAAAUCCGAAUGCUUAGUUUGGAUAAUAUAUUUACUUCCGAAGUAAGGCUCAGUAGUGUCAAAGUCACGUCAUAAAACAUAUAAAAGUUUGUAAAGGACUGCACGUAAAUAAAAUCACGUUUUCAUCAAAGACAAUAUAGCUUAAAUGGUUUUAACUUGUAGGAGAAACUAUGCAUAUGUGACAUUGAGCAAUAAGGUGAUAUGAAUGCACAUAUUGCAUUGUUUGUUAAUGUGUGUGUGCACUCGAGUACGGUGCUUUAGAAAGAGCAGUAGUAACGUUAAGCAGAACGGCUCAGCUGGUCAAUGUGGCUACUGGCUCAGCUGGUCAAUGUGGUGACUGGCUCAGCUGGUCAAUGUGGUGACUGGCUCAGCUGGUCAGUGUGGUGUCUGGCUCAGCUGGUCAAUGUGGCUACUGGCUCAGCUGGUCAAUGUGGUGACUGGCUCAGCUGGUCAAUGUGGUGACUGGCUCAGCUGGUCAAUGUGGUGACUGGCUCAGCUGGUCAAUGUGGUGACUGGCUCAGCUGGUCGCUGUGAUUACUGACUCAGCUGGUCGCUGUGAUGACUGAUUCAGCUGGUCGCUGUGAUGAUUGCCUGAGCUGGUCGCUGUGAAGACUGACUCAGCUGGUUGCUGUGAUGACUAAGCUGGUCGCUGUGAUGACUGACUCAGCUGGUCGCUGUGAUGACUGAUUCAGCUGGUCGCUGUGAUGAUUGCCUGAGCUGGUCGCUGUGAAGACUGACUCAGCUGGUUGCUGUGAUGACUAAGCUGGUCGCUGUGAUGACUGACUCAGCUGGUCGCUGUGAUGACUGACUCAGCUGGUCGCUGUUAUGACUGACUCAGCUUAUCACU